CAGGAAGGAGAAGCUGCACAAAAAAAAAAAAAAAACCAAAAUUCCCACACCAAAAAGCUUACAAGGGAAAUGGCAAAAGCCAUCACAUUAGAGAAAAACCUAAAAUGCCCAAUGCUUUUGUCUUCCAUUUUCCUUUACUCCUACUGGGUACAGAUCAUGUAUUCUUUCAAACUGUGCCCAGAUAGUAAUGCCAUGGGGAAUUCCAGCUGAGUGGGGAAUCCCAGUGGUCAAGAUAAAACAUGGAUUAGGUAGUCUGCCUCCUUGGUACUACAGGAUACAGCUGCCUCCCACCCUGUGCUCCAUUGUAAGGUGAGGGGAUUGUUCCUUGACUUCUAAUAGAGUAAAUAUGGUAAAAUCCAAGACAUCAACAUUCAUCCUAUAGCAGGACGCAAUGCAAAGGCGCCGCCUGGUGCAAAGGGUCUGAAGCACAGUAAGUAACUACACAAUAUGGGAGCUGCAUGGGAGACAUCUCCCUGGUACCUUGAGGGCAUCCACAGCCCAGCCCGUGAGAGAGUGCCCCAUCCCAACCCUCUUGUCCAACACCAACUUCUCACCUUCUACCACAAGCCAUGAACUCACAAGCUCCUGAAUGAACCAAAUCAGCUGCAGAGGCAAGUACAAAAAAUACCGAAUGGGGAUCAGCAAUAGUGUCAGCAACAAGGAGGCAAGGAUGCAUGGCACAUCAUUGGGGGUCAGUAAAUGCCCCAGUAAUGGUCAGGUCUCUUUGGAGAUGCACAGGCUAGAACAGCAAAGUCAAAGCAACCUGACUGCUGCAUGUACCACCCCAUGUUGUGGUUGACGUGAAGCUUGUCUGGCACCUUUCACCAUGUUCAGUUUGGAGCCUAAUCUUAUUGAAUCAUCUCUCUUUCUGCAGGGGCCAGCUCUUGUGGGGUUCCCAUUCCAGCUGUAAGCCCAUAACUCAUUCCACUUCCAAAGUGAGCCUGGUGCCUUCGCAAUGAGCUCUGCCCAAGGGACUCCCAGCUUCCAGAAACUAACCUUUCCAAAUCCAGUUUCUCUUCACUGGCAGCUGGGCCAGUUUCAGUCCAAGAUCCUUUACUCUGUGAUCUGAAUAGAAGAAUACCUCACCCAACUGCCGUGCUUGCCCUUGACUCCUUCUUCCAAGGUGUUCACGGUCCUGAGGUCAGUAGCUUGUCUUGCCUCGUUCAUCUGUCUGAGGGCAGCAGCAGGAGGGACGGAAACAGGCAGGUCACUUACACCAGGAAUGUGGCAAACCUGACUGUACAUGUUGGAAAUCUUCUUCCCUUGUGCAUGUAACACGCCCUAGAGCAUGUGACCCAGGCAGCAGGAGUCAGCAAAGAAAUCAACUCUCCCGCUGACAGAGGAUUGCUCUAAUCCCGAGGGACUGCAGGACGUGAACAAUGAGAACAAAUCAGCUCAUCAAAUACACUCUGUUUGUCUCCUGUUACCUCUUCUGGGUGGCCAGUGGGCUUAUGGUAGCAGUCGGGAUUUAUGCCAAACUCUCCAAGGAGGCAAGUGCUGUGGACUCGCUCCUUGUGGACCCUUCGCUCAUCCUGCUCACUGUGGGGAUCCUCAUGUUUGCUAUCACUUUUGCUGGGUGCACGGGAGCCCUCCGUGACCUCCCUAUGCUUCUGAAAAUUUUUGCCUGGACACUGCUAAUUGUACUGAUCCUCCAGAUCGUGGCUGCUGUUCUGGGAUUCCUCUUCUCCGGCAUGGUGAUGGAGAAGGCAGCAUUUCUUAUGGGGAAAGCUAUCUCCAGUUAUCGGGAUGACCUGGACUUACAGAAUCUCAUUGACUAUAUACAGAAAAAGUUUGAAUGCUGUGGAGUGCAUUCCUACAAGGACUGGUCCCAGAACAUUUACUUUGAGUGUCGAGACUCCAACCCCAGCCUGGAGCGCUGUGCUGUGCCUUUCUCCUGCUGCACCCAAGAGGAUAAAGGAACAGUUCUCACAAGCGUUCUCAACACCAUGUGUGGUUAUGGGACCCAGAAUCUGAGACUGUGGAAAGCAGAGAGCCUGAUUUAUACUGAGGGCUGCUUGGAGAAGAUUGUCAGCUGGGGACAAAGAAACUUGAUGCUAGUUGCAGGGCUAGCAAUAGGAUUGUUUGUCCUGGAGGUUCUUGUCUUUUCCCUGGCCACGAUGCUUAUCUACCAGAUCAACUUCAUCAUACAGAAACGGCAAAGCAUGAGGAGAUGCCCUGAGAAAUAAGACCUGCUCCUAGGAUGAACUCAAAGUGGUCUUUGACACCGCUUAGGCUACAGAGAAAAAACUAACUGUAUUGACAAUGCUGUGAAUACCCCAAAGAGGACCAUGACUCAUGCCCAUGUGAAUGAAAAGAUACCGUGGAGUGUAUUCUGUGCGCAAGACAGAGAUAAGUACGCUAAGAGGCCUCUCGUCACCAACAUCAUCUGAUGGAAACAACACUCUCUCUCUCUCUCCUUCCAUUUUUUUUAUCACAAGGAACGCCUGCACAAAACCAGUCUCUCUCCCAAAAUUUCUGCUGCUUAUUUUCCACCUACACUAGAGAUCCCUGCAUGUGAGUUCACAGUGCGCUGCUUUAGUAACACUCAGAGGAUUCUUACCUGAAUGGGAGGAUCGGAGUGGAUCAGGGAAGUUCUGAAACCUUUCAAAAGUGACACUCCCUACAGUAACAACAGGGACAGGAAUGGAGACAUUUGCCCUAAAGACAUAACCGUUUCCAAUCAGUUAUUUCCCCUAUUUUCCAUGACGUACCAGCUCUUUAAAACCCCUUCUGUUGAGGCCACUAGCUAGGAUAGCCUUGGAAGGUUUUGUAUCUGAGUUUGGUGUUCAUCUUCAUCUUGAACAUUUUAACUACACAAAUUACAACCAGGAUUGUCUUAUCGAGGAACAAAACUUUCAGGACUGUAUUUUGUCAUCACCUGUCAGAGGCCAGACAGUGCUGUUCUAAUUUCACUUCAACAGGUAUUCCUCACUACUUAUCAGCAGAUCCACUUUUUGUUUUUGUUUUGUUGUUUGUUCUCCG